AUGACAGAAAACUUUGCUAAUACUCAGUCUACUUAUGAAAACAUUCAAGAUAUCAAUAGUUUUUUUAACAAUAUACCUGAUUGUGAAGAGGAUUUUAUCUUUUUACAAGAUCAAAAUUCUUUUGAAACUGCUUUAUUAUUUCAAGAAUCAACAAGCAGUAGUAGUAAAGAGUGGGAAAAUGACUCAGCUGUUCCAUCUAUUGUUACAGAAA